AUGGAAUCUUUGGCCGACCAUCAUUUUCUGCUGCUGCAAGUCUCCCACUCUGUGCAGAGUGGGGCGGUCCCUAGCCGAAGUCCAACAGUGCGGUCAAACCGGAGCAGGUUUGGGACGGUGGACUCGAAAGAGCUCCCGAAGCAGGACUCGAAAGAGCUCCCGAAGCAGCCCCUGCAGACGAUGAAAUCCUGCGACACCGACAAAGAGUCAAAGGUGUCGGAGGCUUUGGAGUCCAUUGGCGAGACAUCGGGAGUGGAGGCUAUCUCACCUGUAUCGCACGUCUCUCGCGACUCAAACCCACGGUCUUCUGCAACGUCUAGCAGAGGCAACGGGAAGGCCCGGCGCCCGUCCUUCACCCCGCAGCUAUUUAGCACCUUCACCCACUUCGACUUGGGCCUCCAGAUCGAGGCAGCGAGAGCCGACGGAGAGCAGUCGCGGAAAAGGUUCGCGCUGAUGAAAAAUAACACGCGCUCGAACGGCGAGAUAGAAGACCCCUGCAUCACCAAGCUGGUGCAGCAUGUGGCCUUCGAGGCCUUCUUUGCAGUAGUUGUGGUUGUCAACUCUUUGUUCCUGGGCAUCGAAGUUCAGCUGCAGCUGACCGAGGGUGCGGCUGUGAAUUCAGAGUUAGUCCGUGUGGUGCAGUACACCUUCACCGCUCUAUUCACAAUUGAGCUGGUACUUCGACUGAUUGCCUUCGGCUUCAGACGCUUGUUCUGCGGCGAAGAUCGGAUUUGGAGCGCACUUGACGUGAUCAUCGUUCUCAGCUCCCUCUGGGAAACGACGCUGGAUGUGAUGGCCUUGAGUAGUAACAACAGCAAUAUCUCUGCUCUCAAAGCCUUUCGCAUCAUUCGCCUUACGAAGAUCCUCCGUACAAUGCGACUGAUUCGAAUUUUCCGGUUCGUCAAUGCCUUGCGAAUGCUGAUAACCUCCAUCUUCCACACGCUCAAGUCACUGUUUUGGGCCGUCGUGCUCAUCAAGCUGAAUGUCUACGUUUUUGCAGUCCUCUUUGUCCAAGCCGUCGUGGACUUCAAGGAGGAGCCAGCAUUCGAAGCAUUGGCUGAGAGGGAACGAGAUGGCAUUGAGCGUUACUACAGCUCCGUUUUGAUGACAAUGCUCAGCCUCUUCAUGAGCAUCGCCGGUGGCGUUAGCUGGGAGGACGUCGUGACCCCCCUGAUGGCAAUAUCCUGGAUAUGGGUGGCCUGCUUCCUUCUGUAUGUUUGUUUCACUUACUUCGCAGUGCUGAACGUGGUAACGGCAGUGUUCUGCCAAAGUGCCAUCGAGAGCGCACAGAACGAUCAUGUCAACAUCGUCCAGUCGAUUCUAGCGAAUAAGGAGGCGCAUAAGCAGAAGGUUGGUCAGCUGUUCAACCAGCUGGGGGCUGCGGACGAAACUUCUGGCAUUACCUUUGCAAUGUUUGAGGAGAAGAUCAACUCGCCGGAGGUGCGGGAGUACUUCUCGGCCAUGGGCCUUGACAUCUGGGAUGCAUGGACCUUCUUCAAACUCCUCGACGUGGAUGGCGGCGGAGAGAUCGAAGUGGAAGAGUUCUUGAUGGGAUGCCUGCGCCUGCGCGGUCAGGCUUCCGCAAUGGACAUCCAGAGAAUCAUCCACGAGCAGAAUUGGCUGAUCCGAUCUCAGGGCAAGUUCCACACGUAUAUGGAGGGAGAGAUGCAGCAGCUGAAAGACUCCAUGAUGGCUCUUAGACGAGUACAGCAGAGCAGUCGGCCAAAGCAGACUUUGACUAUGGAAGCGUAA